AUGACUUUGAAUCCUUCUCCCAUUUCUUCCUCUGUGCUGGAUAUUAUUGGUAAUACACCAGUAAUACAGCUCAAGAGUGUAGUCCCAGAGAACAGCGCCGAUGUUUUCGUUAAACUAGAAUGCUUCAACCCGACGGGGUCAUAUAAAGAUCGCAUGGCAAAAUCCAUGAUCGAGCAAGCGGAACACCGUGGGGACCUGAAACCCGGCAUGACUGUUGUUGAAGCGACAGGCGGCAGCACAGGCGCAUCACUGGCCUUCAUCUGCGCUCUCAAGCGGUAUCCGUUUCUGGCCCUCGCGGCCGAUUCGAUUGCGCCCGAGAAACUGCGUACAAUGAGUGCUUUUGGUGCGACGCUCGACAUCACACAUAGCCCGUCGGGGAAAACAACGCCGGAUCUGAUGGCAUCUAUGAACCGGAGGGCUGCCGAUCUUGGGUCUCGAGAGGAGUAUCUCUAUACCGACCAGUUUGCCAACCGGGAUGCACUCAUUGGAUACGCUCAAAUUGGCCACGAGUUGGUCAAGCAAUUUCCAACGGGUUUUGAUGCGUUUUGCGGUGCGUUUGGCACAGCAGGCAUGACCAUGGGCGUGUCCAAGGUGAUCAAGGCUCGCGACCCAAACACUCGAGUCAUCUUGCUCGAGCCGGAAUCUGCGGCCCUACUGGCAAAGGGCCAAAGUGGCCCGCAUGGUGUCGAUGGCACUGCGCCGGGUUUCAUCUCGACUCAUGUUGACCGUGAGCUAUACGACGAGGCCCGCACGGUUGACGAGCAGGACGCCCGAGCCAUGUGCCGCCGUCUAGCAAAGGAAGAAGGACUUUUGGUUGGGACCUCAUCGGGCCUGAAUAUUGCUGCCGCCGUUGAGCUGGCUCAAGAGUUGGGUGCCGGAAAGAGAGUGGUCACAGUUGCUUGCGACACUGGGCUGAAGUAUCUAAACGGCUCCCUUUUCUCAGUGGACUCAUAG